ACAACACUACACACCCUUUCCAGACAAAACUCAAAGCCAGGAAAAUGCUGGUCAACGGUCAUGAUGAAGAGAUAGAACUUCCUGACUCCUGUGAUAAGGACAGAGUUGAUCCUGGGAAGCCAGCAUCCAUAACUUGGCAGAGGAAAGUAGACAGCCAAAGAAUUCCCCUUUCAGAGUUCAGUAUAAACUGGAAAGAUAUUAUCUCUUUGCUUCCAAUAGGUUAUCGUAUCUGGCGGCAACUCAGAGAAGAAGCUGCCGAGGGAAAUGGGAUAGCUCUCAAUCCAUUUACAAAGCGCGCUGUCACAUCAUGUCAAGGAGUUCCAUUAGGUGGAAUUGGUGCAGGAAGCAUUGGAAGAACAUACAAGGGUGAAUUUCUGCGUUGGCAACUAUUUCCUAGAAUCUGUGAAGAUAAACCAGUUUUGGCUAAUCAAUUUUCGGUGUUUGUUUCACGCCCAAAUGGCGAAAAGCAUUCGACUGUACUAUGCCCUAGGAGCCCAGAAAUGCCAAAAGAUGCUUUAGCUACUGGGAUAGGAUCUUGGGACUGGAAUCUAAAUGGGCAUAAUUCUACAUACCAUGCAUUAUACCCAAGGUCUUGGACUGUAUAUGAGGGAGAACCUGAUCCGGAACUGAGAAUAGUGUCACGUCAGAUUUCUCCAAUCAUACCUCAUAACUAUAAGGAAAGCAGCUUCCCUGUAGCAGCAUUUACUUUCACGCUGUCUAAUUAUGGGAAGAAUCCAGCUGACGUGACCCUGCUUUUCACAUGGGAGAAUUCUGUUGGUGGGGUAUCUGGAUUAUCUGGCAAGCAUUUCAAUUCCAAGAUUAUGCCAAAGGAUGAAGUUCGUGGUGUACUUCUGCAUCACAUGAGUGCCAGUGGACUUCCACCUGUAACUUUUGCUAUUGCAGCAGAAAAGACGAGAGAUGUUCAUGUCUCUGAAUGCCCUUGUUUUGUAACGUCUGGGAACUCUCCGGGCAUCACAGCACAAGACAUGUGGAAUGAAAUAAAAAAGCAUGGAUCAUUUGAUCACUUGAAUUCUGCUGAAGUGGCCAUGCCUUCAGCAUCAGGGUCCUCUAUCGGGGCAGCAGUUGCAGCCUCCGUGACAGUUCCUCCUGAUGCAGUUCGCUCCAUUACAUUUUCAUUGGCAUGGGACUGUCCUCAAGUGCACUUUCAGAGCAAAAAGAGUUAUAACAGGCGCUACACUAAAUUUUAUGGCACUCAGGGUGAUUCUGCAGCAGAUAUUGCACGUGAUGCUAUAUUGGAGCACUGCAGUUGGGAGUCCCAGAUAGAAGCGUGGCAAAAACCGAUUCUUGAAGACAAGAGGUUUCCUGAAUGGUAUCCGAUCACUCUUUUCAACGAGCUCUACUAUCUUAAUGCAGGGGGGACAAUAUGGACAGAUGGAGCACCUCCCAUUCAUAAUCUAUCUGUAAUACGACAAAGACAAUUCUCCAUUGAUAGGUCCAGUAAUGACCUUAAACAAAUCGAUUCCAAACACAAAGAUACUGCUGUAUGUAUACUUGAGAGCAUUGCAGCAUUGCUUGAAGAGAUUCACAAUCCGGUAUCCUUGAAUUCAGCAAUAGGAACAAAUUUGCUCCAGGGGGGAGAGGAAAAUAUUGGUCAAUUCCUUUACUAUGAAGGGAUUGAAUAUCACAUGUGUAACACGUAUGAUGUCCAUUUCUACUCAUCAUUUGCGCUAGCCAUGCUAUUCCCGGAACUUGAACUCAGUAUACAGAGGGACUUUGCAGCAGCAGUAAUGAUGCAUGAUCCUACGAAAAGGAUUCUUCUGCAUGACGGAACACUGGUCCCAAGGAAUGUUCUUGGCGCUGUUCCUCAUGAUAUCGGAAUGUUUGAUCCGUGGUUCGAAGUUAAUUAUUUUAAUCUUUAUAAUACGGACACUUGGAAAGAUCUGAAUACAAAAUUCGUUCUCCAAGUCUAUAGGGAUGUGGUUGCAACAGGUGAUAAAAAGUUUGCACAAGCUGUUUGGCCUGCUGUUUACCUUGCAAUGGCUUACAUGGAGCAAUUCGACAAGGACGGAGAUGGGAUGAUAGAAAAUGAUGGUUUUCCAGAUCAGACAUAUGAUACAUGGUCCGUCUCUGGCGUGAGUGCAUAUUGUGGUGGGCUGUGGGUAGCAGCUUUGCAGGCUACUUCAGCUCUGGCACAUGAAAUUGGUGACGAAGGAUAUGCGGAUUACUUCUGGUUUAAGUUUCAGAAAGCAAAGAGAGUUUAUGAAAAGCUGUGGAAUGGUUCUUACUUUAACUACGACGACAGUGGUAGUUCUAAUAGUUCGUCUAUCCAAGCUGAUCAGUUGGCAGGACAAUGGUAUGCGCGAGCCUGUGGUCUUUCACCAAUCGUUGAUACAGAAAAAGCUAAAUCUGCCCUGGAGAAGGUCUACUCAUUUAAUGUGCUGAAGGUGAAUGAGGGAAAAAUGGGUGCUCUGAAUGGAAUGCUUCCCAGUGGAGAACCUGACUUGUCAUCACUGCAGUCAAAAGAAAUAUGGGCAGGAGUUACAUAUGCUCUUGGUGCAAAUAUGGUUCAAGAAGACUUGGUGGAUAUGGGAUUUCAAACUGCAAGUGGAGUCUAUGAUACUGUCUGGUCAAAAGAAGGGCUAGGUUAUUCUUUCCAGUCUCCAGAGGGCUGGGACCUGAAAGGCGGAUAUCGAUCUCUUGGCUACAUGCGUCCGUUGGGCAUAUGGGCAAUGCAGUGGGCAUUGAGUCGACCACAAAUUUCAAAGCAGGAGAUGAGGCAGGAAGUCGAAGAAGCUUCUUUGUUUAGGCAACAUGCUGGAUACACAAAAGUUGCACAUCUACUAAAGUUACCAAAAGAAAAACACUCCAAAAGUCUUCUCCAGGUUCUUUUUGACAAUACUUGCAAAAGAAUGUUUCCAUGAGAAAUUAGCUUACAGGAACAAUAACCUCUGUGAAAAACAUUUGAUUCUCGUAUCCUUCUAGCGUUCAUCAUUCUACAUGACGAACAUCAAUAAUCGUACAUCAGAGAUCUAAUAUGAUGAAGCUAUUAUGUACAACUUUUGCAGUUGGUUAUCUAGGUUUAUUUAAGUUUUAA